CCCUUUCUCUAGUGGUUUGGAGCUUAUGUUGAGAAGCUACCUCAAUUCACUCCUCCACUCCGAGGAGCCCAAUUUACUGAGCUGCAGCCCUCUAUCGCCAUUACCAAAGAAGGGAAGCACAACUCCUCUCUGAUCUCCCCAUUCCGUCCGGAUUUUCUCCAUUUAUCAGCUGUUUGCAUUCAUAUUUUUAAGAAUAGGAGAUUCCUCCCGUCGGCGACAUUACAGCUUGUAGCAUGCGUUCCCUACGUACAACUGUGCUGUUAGUGCUCGUAGCAUCAGUGGUGCUGGUUUUGGCUUUACUACACUCCUGGCCCACUCGGGUCUACAGCACUGUGGAUGUCAGGUACAAACUAGGCCCUGGAGCUGAACGACUGCUGGAGGAGAGGCUUCCUGAGCCGGAUCCGAGUGCAAGCACCAUCCCUUACCAUGUGAGGGAGAAUGUGGCCAGGCUCCUGGCUCGCAACGGGUGUGUGUGUGAAGGAGAGAGUAGAGGGGUCAACUUGCCCUUUGCCCAAAUGUUGUUCCCUCGAGUGUCUGCUCACCCCCUGCACACAGCCUUCCAGGCCUCCCAACUCGCACAGAUCAAAAAACGGCGUGCCAAAGAGUACCAGAGCUUCCAAAUGAGGUCGCAGACCCCAGCUGGUCUUCUGAUUCUAGCUGAAGCUAACAGCCCCCUGCAGUACCCAACACAGGGUGUGGAGGUUCGGCCACUUAAAACUAUCCUUAUACCAGGUUUGGCCUUAAAAGAGCUACCCAGAGAUGUCUAUACACUGAACUUCUCAGCAUCUCUGGGCACAUUUAAUGUGGCAGCAGAUGUGGAGGGGGUAAAGGUCAGAGGUGAUGGUGAAAUGCACAUGACCCUGAGUAGUAGCCUUUUACUCAGUCUAAAUCGGCAGCUCCAGUUUAUUACCUAUACUAACACUCAGUUCCACCCUAGCACUGCUGACACAGUGCAGUUACAAACGGAAGGACAUCAAGCUUUUUUCACCAUCAAGAUCUGGCAUGGAUUAACACCCAAACUCUUCAAUACAGGGUCUGAUGCAGAUAAAGUCUCAGAGUACAACAUCAGUGCUCUUGUGACCAUAGCAACUAAAACCUUCCUGCGCUAUGACAAACUUCAGGAUUUAAUUGACAGCAUACGGCGGUACUAUCCAACAGUCACAAUAGUGAUAGCAGACGACAGUGAACACCCGCUAACAGUGUCAGGCCCUUUCAUUGAACAUUACAUCAUGCCCUUUGGAAAAGGCUGGUUUGCUGGUCGUAAUCUAGCCGUGUCACAAGUCACCACCAAGUAUGUGCUUUGGGUGGACGAUGACUUUAUCUUUACUGCCAACACAAAGCUGGAGAAGCUGGUGGAUGUGCUAGAGAAAACUAGACUUGACGUGGUCGGGGGUGCAGUACGUGAAGCAACAGGCUACACUGCCACCUACAGGCAGACAAUCUCUGUUGAAGCAGGAGAGGAAGAUGGGGACUGUCUACAUAUGCGGCAUGGAUUCCACCACAUCAUCGAGGGAUUUCCUCACUGCGUGGUCACUGAUGGAGUCAUCAACUUCUUCCUUGCCAGGACAGACAAGGUGCAGCAAGUUGGCUUUGACCCUCGGCUUGCCCGUGUUGCACAUCUGGAGUUUUUCAUUGAUGGGCUUGGCUUCCUGCAUGUAGGAUCAUGUGAUGAUGUCAUUGUGAACCACGCCACUAAGAUCAAGUUCCCGUGGGGCAAGUUGGAAAGCGACAAAAUGUACGAGAAGUUCCGUUACCCCCCCGCUUCAUCUGAUGCGACGCACACCAAAAGUGGCCUCUUGUACUUUAAAAAUCAUUUCCAGUGUUUAACACACAACUGAACAUACAUUGACUGUAUCCUCUAUCCAUUACUUUACACUCAUUCUCCCUCAAAUUAACACUUUUUCCAUGAGUAGCUAAAGGGACCUGUAAAGUUACUAGAGGUGUGGUGCAUAUGUACACGUACAUAGUCCCAUGAGAGUAUGGGAAAGUUAAAAUGGAAUAAUUUAAUUAUUGAAGUCUGCUUAUACCGCUGUUUCCACAUGUAGGACCCUAUGAUAUCUGCGAUGAAAUCACUGAAUCCAGUCACAAAAUUUGCUGUAAUAUGCAAUUUCCAAUGUCUUAGAAUUUGACAUAUUUGGGACGAAAAUUCUUGGUUUGAAUGCAUAUUUGGUUUGAAUGCAUAAUUAAUUAAAAUCUCAAUAGGCCAAGUGUGAUUAUUAAACUGCAAAAGGCUGUGAUUUAAUUAAAUUAAUAUAUAAUCUGCAUGUGCUGCAUGCUUUAAAAUGAAUGUGUGAUGCCGGCCGCUCAUCCACUGAAAACACCUCAUCAUGAGCUCCAUGCGUGCUCUGUGUGUGUGUGUGUGUGUGUAGUAGAUGACAGGUGAGCAGAGCGCUCUGACAUACAUUUAUUUUAAAGAAAUCAAAGCUUUUUGGUGUUUAAUAAUCAUACUGGGUCAUGUAGCAAACUGCUUAAAAAAUGUCAAAAUAAAAGCUUGAUUUAAAAAAAUAUAAUGUGUUACAGCAAUAGCUCACUUAUGGGAUGUUCUGUUGUGCAGCAAUUCAUUUGACAAAGUAUCUUCAUUGCUGUUUCAGAUUGUGCUGUGACGAUUUUAUAAAAAAAACCACUGAUAAAUAUAAUGCAAUAUGUUGAAAAAUGUAGUUAAUUAAACUAAUUAUAUUUUAAUUUGAUUCAAGUUUAAACAAAUUCAAUUGAUAAGAUAUGUUUUUGUUUCUUUUUUAAUAUUUCUUUAUUCAUGUUUUAUAAAAUUUCCUGGAAAUUUGUGCCUUGAAAAGAGUGGGAACCAUGUUUUUGUGUCUCCUUUUAGCUUUUUUUUUUUUUUUGUUCAGAAGAAACUCUUUAGAGACAGAUCAGACAGAUUUGUAAAUUAUGCAUGUAAAUCAAGCCAUCAUUUUCUCCUCAGACAAUCAUGUAUAAAUAUCACAAUUCACUGAAAGGACUACAGAAGAAACUUUCUUUGAAACUGAAGAACACAGAAAAGACUGUGGAGGUAAAAGAUUUGAAACAUGAAACAUUUUUUAAUUUUAAAGGGACACCUUUUUUGGGACAUUCAUGUGGAAUGUUUCUUCAGUUCCCUGACUGGCAUUAAUUGUACAUUUGUAUGUGUGGCUGUUUAAAUGCAGCUCAUCUCUCUGUACGUUUGCACUAAAACAAAUGGAAUUUAAAUUGGAGAGAACAGACCCUCAGCUUCACUAGAAGGAAGAGACUGAUAUCAAUACCAGAUUGAUAUUAAACCACAGACAAUUCAACAUAUCACAUUCUCUCUCUCUCUCUCUCUCUCUCUCUCUUGCUCUCUCUCAUACACACCAAAAAAUUUUGCAAUCUGAGUUUGAUAUGUUUUAGUUCUAAAGAGUGAAUUACCAAAGGCUUAAUAACUGUCCUGGUAUGACUCACUUAAUGUUUAUUUUUCCUCAAUAUCGUUUGAUUGCAGCCCUUACCAACCCACAAUACUGAUGCAUGCAGCCUGGUUUCAAUAGCAGAGUUGUCUGGGGUUCAGCAAUAUGAAGUCAAUAUCCAAUCCUCCUAUUUUUUAGGAGUCUUUUCCAAAGCCACCAGAUUUAGUUGAGGUCGCACAUAAUGAGUUGAUAUCAAAUUAAAGUCCAAUGACACACUAUAAAGGCUUUUUUGUUUUUUUGAGCUGGGUUUUUCAGUUAAAGGCAGUUUUAAAAAGAGUCCAGUCAAUGGACCUUUUGCUGUACAGAAUGGCAUCUGAUCACUUGCUAACUAAAAUCAACACUUUUUAUUACACUAUCCAUCACAUAUAGGGAAAAUCUAAUUAUUUCCUUUAAUAAUAUAUUUGUAAAGGGUUU